AUGUGGAAGGGACUAGGUAGUGUGGCCGUUCGUGGAGCUGGCCCCGGUGACGGCGGCGGCGUGCUCGCUGGACUUCGAGGACUAGCUGGAGGAUGCGUUCUUCAGUGCGUACCCGCAGACGACGUUGUUGCUGUUCGAGACGUCGGGGUUCCCGAGGAUGCCGUGACCCUCUUUCUUGCAGUCGCCGUUCACGUUCCGCAAGGACGAGCAGGCCAGCCGCAGGGAGCGGGACCACGAGUCCUUCAUGCUGUUCCUGUUUUCUCAUGA